AUGAGAGUGAUUCCACCAGGAAUUAAAAACAUCUUAGACAAAUGGAACAUCAGAGGUCUUGUAAUACUGUCUCUGGUGUUCCAAACGUCUCUUAUCUUCCUCGCGCCGCUGCGAAAACGCACAUCGAAGAAGCUGCUCACUGUGGCUCUAUGGACUGCGUAUCUUUUAGCGGACUGGACCGCUAAUUAUGCGGUGGCUCAGAUCACCAAGAACCAAGGGAAGGAACCAGAACCUGGUGAUCCUCCAAAGAACAAGAAGCUACUUGCUUUGUGGGCACCUUUCUUGUUGUUGCAUCUUGGUGGUCCGGACACGAUAACUGCGUUGGCCCUCGAGGACAAUGCGUUGUGGGCACGUCAUUUGUUUGGCCUCGUUUCUCAAGCCCUUGCAGGUGUUUAUGCGGUGGUGCAAUCAAUGGAAAACGAGUUAUGGCCACCGAUACUAUUACUAUUCAUCACCGGAGUGAUAAAAUACACUGAGAGGACACGCGCAUUAUACGCAGCGUGUUUAGACAAAUUCAAAGACCGAAUGCUUAAACCACCAGACACUGGUCCUAACUACGCUAAGCUCAUGGAAGAGUACGCUUCAAGAAAAGACUCAAACCUCCCAACCGAUAUCGUCCUCAUCAAAGAACCGGACAAACACGAGAGACCACCUAAACUCGUUAGACCGGACCGAAAAUACUUAACCAAUCUCGAAAUCGUUCAAUACGGUUUCAAGUUCUUCAACACUUUCAAAGGUCUCGUCGUUGACCUAAUUUUCAGUUUCCGUGAGCGAGACGAAAGCAGAGAUUUCUUCAAAGAGUUGCAACCUGAGGAAGCUCUCCGGAUUAUUGAAUCCGAGCUCGGUUUUCUCUACGAGUCCAUGUACACGAAAACCGCGAUUCUUCAAACCACACCGGGUACUCUGUCUCGAAUUAUCGCGUUUGGAUCGCUUCUUUCUUCCUUCUUCGUCUUCCAUCGUAGACCUCUUAAAUCCGUUGAGUUUCAUGGAGCAGACGUUGUGAUCACUUACACUUUGUUCAUCAUCGGUAUCGCUCUUGAACUCGCCUCCAUUGUCAUGUUCUUGCUCUCGGAUUGGACCUUUGCCGUGUUGAGAAAGCUAAAGGAUGAUCCAGUGGAAAAGAAGAGUUAUAUCGACUCUUUCCUCGACCGUUUACUAGCGUUUAGGAAACCGCGUUGGACAGAGCACAAAUGCGAAGGAAACCGCACACACGAGGUGCUCACGACGCCGUUUUUGCUGCGGAGAUGGUCAGGUGCGAUCUACGGAUUCAAUUUCAUCGGAUAUUGUCUCAAAGCCAAAGUCUCAAGAAUCCAUCGGAAGAAGCAACGCAACGUUUUGAGCGAGUUUCUUUGUGAUUCAGUGGUUUCGAUGUUCGAUUACGUGAUGAGAAGUAUCAAAAUGCUUGCUGGAUGGAUCAAGAACGUUAACAGAUCAACAAGAAUUGUCAUCAAGAAAUGGUCAAAGAAGAAUCUGAUGAUUCGUUGCACGGUUUAUCCGUUAUACAUCGUCUUCUUCUCGGUGAUCCCUUGGAUUUUCGGGAAGCUUUGGGGUUACAUUGAUAGGAUCUUCAGUGUUAAGUCUCAUCUAGACCAGUUCAGAUUCGUGUCUAGCGAGCCUUUGACGAUGAAUCAAUGGGAGUUUAUAUUCAACGAGCUGAAACAUAAGUCCGAUUUCGCGGAAACGCCAGAGAUCGCAAAGAAAGUGUCUUCAGCGAGAGGAGAAUGGGCUUUAAGGGACACGAAGGUGGUUGAAGUUGAGAGGUUGAUGCGUUACGUAGAGAAUGUUGAUUAUGAUCAAAGUCUUCUCCUUUGGCAUAUUGCUACUGAGCUCUGUUUUCAAGAAGAGGAGGAGAAGAAGAAGGUGAUGAAUCGGAGUGGAGAGAGUUGCGAUGACCGAGAGUUUAGCAAGAUUGUGUCCGAUUACAUGAUGUAUUUGCUGAUAAUGCAACCGAAACUGAUGUCGGAAGUUGCAGGGAUCGGAACUAUAAGAUUUAGAGACACUUUAGCUGAAGCUGAGAGGUUUUUCAAAGGAAGACAUUCCAAGAACAGGAGAGAUAUGAGAGGAGCGAGCAAGACGGUUUUAUCGGUUUGUAACGAUAUUGAGCCGAUGAAUGUGAAAGGUGAUCGAAGCAAAUCGGUUCUUUUCGACGCGAGUAUGUUGGCCAAAGAGCUUCAGAGAUUGGACGAGAGUGGUGGUAGUGAUGAUGGAGCUGAUGGGAAAUGGAGAGUGUUGAGCAAAGUGUGGGUUGAGUUGCUAUCUUACGCAGCAAGUCAUUGUGAAGCUACGGAGCAUGUGGCGCAACUUAGCAGGGGUGGAGAGCUUCUUAACUUUGUUUGGUUGUUGAUGGCUCACUUUGGUUUAGCUGAUCAGUUUCAGAUAAAUAAAGGAGAUGCUAGAGCUAAACUCGUUGUAGGUGAGUGAAAACAAAAAUAAGUG